AAGGCAGCUUUUGUCUUGCUGUUUUUCACCCCUGUCAAUGGAGAUGAGAGUGUCCCUCAUGGUGCGGUCGAUUUGCUUGAUAAUCUCCAUUUCGGUCCGUUUCUUUCCGUUAAAAAUCCGGUUAUUUCGUUCUUUCCACACCUGAUAAAGGGUGGAUUGCAGCAGCAACUUUGAGUUCAUCCGUCUGUGUCGGCUUCCAUCCUUGGCUCGCUCAGUUAACCAACUAUGACAUUGUAGAACAGGUGGGUAUGGGUUUCCUCUGCCAUUUCGCAGAGGACACAUUGUGUCUCCGUUCUGAGUCCCCAACUUGCCAAGCGGUCCUUUGUUGGCAACUUCUGUAGAAUUAUCUCCCAAUGCAAGAACCCAAAACGCGGUACUGUUAUUGUGCUAGCUAGUUGUUAUUGUGAUUUGAAUUAGCUCUACUAGUUUAGAUCUGGAAUUUAUAUUCGCGAUUCACCUUUGUGUAUAGUUUCAGCCUUACUUGAUAUGUUUGAAAAAUAUGAACUUUGGUGUCUGCCGUACUAUUCAUUCUCUAAUGGUCUUUGCUUCUAUAUGUUUGCUUGAGUGGGUUACGUAUUCAGGUGCCUAUGUUUUUUCCCCUGAUAUGCUUGUAAUGGAUCUUCGUGAUCUGCCCCUUUCGUUGUUCUGAAUCCACAGUUGGAGGGGAAGUCUCGACUGAUCUUGUAAAGAUCUCUGUGGGCGAUCGGUUCCAUUCAACCCUUCACAUGCUCGUUCUCGUAACAUCCGAGAUGCAGGUUUUGCUAAAGGACAUAGUCCCAGCGGCUCAGAACAACAUAAACACGGCUUUCAUCAUCCUCGAAAAGGGCAAACCGAGUCCUGGACCAAACGGGAAGACAUGUUUGGUCCUGGCGGCAGACCAGACAGCAGCGGUUCACACGCAGUUGUGGGGCAACGAGUGCGAAGCCUUCGAGCCAGGGGACAUAGUGAGGCUAACCAGUGGUAUAUUCUCUUAUGUCCGAAACCAUGGACUCGUUCUCAGAGCCGGGAAGAGAGGGAAGAUGGAGAAGACAGGAGAGUUUGCGAUGGUGUUUGUUGAAACUCCAAACAUGAGCGAGAUCCAUUGGAAGCUUGAUCCGACCAAUCCCAAGAGGUACAUUCAAGAGAUGGUCGCUUCCCCUUAUUCUCAGAUCUUUCCUCCUAUGCGUUGAUUGAUGAUUUGGGUUGCAGAGCUUUGAAUCCAAUCGCUUUGUACAGACAUGAUAACGCUUAUACAUGUUGGUAAAGAAAAAUAUUGUAUU